AUGAGAACAAGAACAGCAAGAACAGAGACGAGACCAACUAAGAGAUACCAAAGAACAACAGAGACGAGAAACAAGAACAAGAUAACAAAGCAUCAACAGAGACGAGAGAACAAGAACAGCAAGAACAGAGACGAAGACCAACCUGAGACAACAAAGAACAACAGAGGCGAGAACAAGAACAGCAAGAACAGAGACGAGACCAACUACAGAGAUACGAAGAACAACAGAGGCGAGAACAAGAAUAGCAAGAACAGAGACGAGACCAACUACAGAGAUAACAAAGAACAGAGGCGAGAACAAGAACAAGCAACAAAGAACAACAGAGGCGAGAACAAGAAGAAAAGAACAGAGACGCAUACUAACUACAGAGAUAACAAAGAAAUAACAGAGGCGAGAACAAGAACAGUAAGAACAGAGACGAGACCAAUCUACAGAGAUAACAAAGAACAACAGAGGCGAAAGAACAAGAACAGCAAGAACAGAGACGAGACCAACCCAGAGAUAACAGAAGAACAAAUGAGGCGAACGCAAAACAGUAAGAACAGAGACGAGACCAACUACAGAGAUAACAAAAGAACAAACAGAGGCGAGAACAAGAACAGUAAGAACAGAGACGAGACCAACUACAGAGAUAACAAAGGAACAACAGAGACGAGAACAAGAACAGCAAAGAACAGAGACGAGACCAACUACAGAGAUAACAAAGAACAACAGAGGCGAGAACAAGAACAAGAUUUAUAUCAAGAACAGCAAGAACAGAGACGACUAACCACAGAGAUAACAAAGAACAACAGAGACGAGAACAAGAACAGUGAACAGAGACGAGACCAAUCUACAGGAGAUAAUAAAGAACAGAGACGAGAACAAGAACAGCAAGAACAGAGACGACCAACCCAGAGACAACAAAAUAUCAAACAGAGGCGAGAACAAGAACAGCAAGAACAGAGACGACCAACUACAGAGAUAACAAAGAAAUGUAAAUAG